AUGCGAAGCCUGCCUGGAGACAGUGAUUUGGUUGGUGAAGCCAAGUUUCUGGGGGUUACUUUGGAUCCAAGAUUGCAAUGGGGCCUUCACAUUGACAGUGUUCCUGGAAAGGCCACCAAAGGUAUAUAUAAUGGCUUACUUUGCCAUUUGCCAUUCACAUAUAUCCUACGCCAUUCUGGCUUGGGGGCUUUCUUCAGGGGUCCAUAG